ACACUACUCCUAAUAAAGAUGACCUCGAAAAUUCCAAAAAGUCCUCCACUUGUCUCUAGAAAAAGUAAACAAAUACUCGUAGUAAUAAUGGAGAGUUAAAUAUAUAGAGAUAAACAUCUUGUAUCUAUAGAUUAGAUACACACUAUAGAGAGAGAAGACAUAAUUAUUAGUUACAGAGUUAAACCUAGAGAGAGAAGUUUGGGGAGAUGGUACAGAUCGUGAAGAGAAAGAAGAAAGGGCGACCGUCCAAGGCAGAUCUCGCUCGCCGGAGCUCCGAUUCGCCGCCGGCAGAGACUGAACGGCAACUUCGCCGGAGCGGUCGGCGGCGAAAUGUGCGAUACACUUUUGAUUUCGACGAUUAUAUCGAUGAGGACUUGGAUUACUACGACGACGAUGAUGAAAAUGACAGGAGAGAUAAGAAAUUGAUGAUGCUGCUUAAGUUACAGAGUUGCGAGUCGCCGCCGAGUGGGAGUCGGCGCGCGUCUUCUUCGGAGGGUAAGGCGGCGAAGAAGAGGAAAAUUGACGACGGUGAUGAUGACGUGGAGGAGGAAGAGGAAGAUAUUGUUGAUAGUUGUGAAGAUGAUAAUAAUAAUAAUAAUGAUGGUGAUGAGCUUAGAAGCCACAAACUGGAUGAGGCAAAAGGGAUAGACUCUUUUCCAGCAAGUCCGGUUGAUAACUCAUCUGGCCUUCCGUUGCCUCAGAAGAAGACUUUGGAGUUGAUUCUUGACAAACUUCAGAAGAAAGAUAUUUAUGGUGUUUAUGCUGAGCCCGUGGAUCCUGAAGAGCUUCCUGAUUAUCAUGAAGUCAUCAAGAACCCAAUGGACUUCUCCACCGUGAGGAAGAAACUAGGGAGUGGAAAAUAUACAACCUUCGAACAAUUUGAGCAUGACGUAUUUCUAAUUUGCGAAAAUGCGAUGCAAUACAAUUCUUCAGAUACCAUAUACUUUAAGCAGGCUUUCUCUAUUCAAGAAUUGGCAAGAAGAAAAUUUCAAAGGUUAAGGACCGAGCUUAGUUACCCUGAGAAAGAGCCCAAGAUUGAAGAGAAGACAACGUCGGACUCUUUUCCUAAAAAGCCAAUAAAGAAACCAAUAAACCGUACAGUACAAGAACCCAUUGGCUCGGACUUCUCCUCUGGAGCUACUCGUGCUAUGGCAGGAGAUUCUGCAUAUGGUUCUAAUCCAGCCCAAGCCAUUGUUUGUGAGAAGCCUAAGAGUGUUGAUAAGAUCAUGGAAGGAAACAUGCCUUCAGUUGACGACAAUAUGGACAGGGGAGAAGAAUUAGUAUCUGGGAAAGGUCUCUUAUCGAGACCAGUAAGGAAGACAUCUAUACUUGAAGAGAACCGUCGAGCUACAUACAAUAUAUCAAUUCCUUUAACAACAGCAUCGGAGUCGAUAUUUACAACUUUUGAGGGUGAAAGCAAGCAACUGAUUCCUGUUGGGGUUAAUGCAGACCAUUCUUACGCUUGGAGCCUUGCUCGCUUUGCUGCAACCCUUGGUACUGUUGCUUGGAAAGUUGCAUCGCAAAGGAUUGAGCAGGCUUUGCCCGAGGGGUUUAAAUAUGGGCGGGGUUGGGUUGGCGAAUACGAGCCACUCCCAACACCUGUGCUGAUGAUUGAAAAUCGCCCCCUGAAUAAUCCUGUUCCCCAGAGGUUUCAAUGCAAUUCUAAUGUGACGAAAGAAUGCAGGGCUAUUAGAGCCCCAUUAUCAGGCCAGGAGACCCUUAUUGCAGGAUCUACCUCAGCAGAGCUGCCUUUGUCUGAUGUUGCUGAAGCUAGACCUACUAAUUCUAGUUUCAGCGUCCAAGUUCCGGUCAAGGAAGAGCCUCUCAGGGUAACUAGUUCAGAUGGAAAAUCAUCAUUCGUCUCUUCGCCGAGGACCGCAGAUACUGAUCACAGAGCCACAUAUCAGCAGCAACACAUGCAGUCUAGGAAUUUUGCUGUACCUGUAAAACAAAAUUUGAAUCAUGUCGGACAGAGUUCUCCACUCUUGGCCAAUCACAGGCUAGCUGAGGUUGUGGGAGGGAAGCAGAUAUUAAGAACUCCAGAAACCCCAGGUAAGUCACCGGAGGCAGUUUUAUUGAACAGGAGCUCUCUGCAACCUGCAGCUUCUAAACAACGAAAUGUCAAUGGAGUGUUUGCUGGGGGAGUUUUUAAUGGACAAGCAAGGACCAGUGUCAUGGAUGGUAGAAUGGCCACCACAACCUCCUGUAAUCCAAAACAAAAGGGCGGUACGGAAAUUUAUUUCCCGCAUGGUCAGGAACAGGGAUUAAGCGACCCAGUUCAGCUGAUGAGAAUGUUAACUGAAAAAGAUCAACUUCAGCAUAGUUUAAAUCAUUCUCCAAACAAUGUAAGGUCUGCUAAUCCCUCAAAUCCAUGUGUUAAAAAAGAAGAUUCAAGCAAUGCUGCAGCAGCUGCUGCUCGUGCAUGGAUGUCCAUAGGGGCUGGAGUGUGCAAGCCUGCAGCAGAAAACAACAAUGCUCACAAGGGUCAGUUGUCUGCGGAUAUGUUGUAUAAUGGUCGUGAUCACCAGCCACAACUUUCACGGUUCCGGGGAGAAUAUCCAGCUACUACGAUUCAGUUUCAAGCUGAUAAAAGUAAUUUUCCAAUACAUGCGUUUGUGCAACAACCUGUCAGAGUAUCUAAUGAAGCUCAGUUUCAACACCAGCCUAUGGUCUUCCCUCAACUUGUAUCGCCUGAUUUGUCUAGAUUCCAGAUGCAGGGUCCCUGGAGGGGUCAUAAUCCACAAUCACAGCCUAGACAAAAGCAAGAAUCACUUCCUCCAGAUUUAAAUAUAGGAUAUCAGUCAUCAGGGUCUCCCGCGAGGCAAUCUUCAGGAGUGUUGGUGGAUACUCAACAACCAGACUUAGCUUUGCAACUAUAGGUGGCACAGUUUUUGCAGUUGUAGGGAGAGAAUUUUGGAGCAAUUUGAUUGGCUAUCUUCUGUUGGUUAUAUCUUCCGCUAAUUACCUUUAGUUGGAGAUGGUGAUUGAAUGGCAAUUGAAUUUAAUGCUUAAUCCAGUGUUAGGAUUGAUAUCAGCACCGAUGUACCUUUGAGAAAAACUUAGUAAAAGUAUUUGUGAAUUGGGUUUUAUACAA